AAGCGCGCGACCGACGACAACUACAUUUCGGUAAACUGCUCUCCUUAAUUUCUUUAAAAAAAAAAGACUUUUGUGGACAAUGGGAUCCAAAUUACAUGACCAAACGGUCAAGUAACCGUGCACGUGUAUGUUAUGCUUUGAGUUGUUCAGAAGGUAUUUCAUUUUCGCUACCAGUGUUUGCAAAGAAUAAAUAUAUACUUUAAUUGUGCCUUGACGUCUUAUAAUGCUCUCAAAUACCGAAAAAGAGCUUAUUGUACAGAUAUGGGACAAAAUGAUUCCAGUGGCAGAAGAUAUUGGAUCUGAAGCUCUUUUAAGGAUGUUCACAACGUUCCCCAAAACUAAGACAUACUUCUCUCAUCUAGACAUCAGCCCCCGUUCAGAGCAUUUACGCUGCCACGGGAAGAAAAUUGUCCAGGCUUUAGCCGAGGGCGCGAGGAACAUAAGCACACUCACCACUACAUUGGCACAUCUCAGCAGGUUCCAUGCCUACCAAUUGCGAAUACAUCCUACCAACUUUAAGCUUUUCAAUCACUGCAUGCUUGUGACGCUAGCGUGCUAUAUGGGGGAUAACUUCACCCCAGUUGCACACGCGGCGGUGGACAAGUUUCUUUCUGCCUUCUCUGCUGUUUUAGCUGAAAAAUUCCGAUGAAGACCCGACUGAGAAAGAUGAAAUGGUUCAGCAAACUUUAUAUAUAUCAUAAUAAAUGUGUUGCAAAUUUGUGUCUUUCAUAUUUAUAUAUAAUAAUGCCAUUUGGUAUUCAUUAAGAAAGAACUGACAUUUUGGCGAUAUGCCAGGAUACCUCCCUUAUUGAACUCUUCUCGGAUAGCGCCCUCUGUGAAAUUCUUACAAUGCGUUCAGUGUAUGUUCUUGGUUUGAUGAUGUCUAUGACGCAACGCACGAAUGCAUGCUGUGUUUUUAGAAUCUUGGCCAUUUGAUGAAAUUCCAUCCUCAUUACUAGAAUUCCCGUCAUUAAAAAUAAAUAAAUAAACAAACAAACAUUUCAUUGUCAGUGAUUUGUGAAACGCUCAAACAGGCAUCUCGGCUACAUCCCUGUAUGAUCCGCAGGACGUGUGCAGUAAAUAUAGCAGAAAAGAUGAAUUAUUUCUGCAUUAGAUAAGUUAAAGUGUGACCUUAAGAAAUUAAGUAAAUUCUACAUUUGUAGAUUACUUAAUUCAAACCUGUAAAAAAUGAGCAUAUCAGUAAAUAUAAUUUAUUAUUGCUUAUUUUCACAUGGCGUCAUCAUAUAUGAAUCCAAAAGGAUUGUCAUAAUUAUUGCUAAUUUGAGUAUACAUAUCGCAGGUAAAUUAAAUAAGUAAUUUUUACCUAACUUUUAAAAGCUUGUGUUC